CUUGACGAUAUACUACUAGCAACUUCAUCUGGCUCAGGAGCCUUGAAUUGUCUCUCCUUUCUCACGCCUCUGUACAUAUCCCCAAAGUUGUAUAUACACAACACCCCGGUACAUAUCUACCAUCCCAUACCCUCCUUUUUUUCUUCUUGAAAACAUAUCCAAAAUGUGGUCUCCCAAGGUUGCCGCCGCCAUCCUCGCCUUUGUUGGCCUCUCCAACGCCUGGGCACCUCCGUCCUAUGGCGGCUUCAACCUGGUCUGGAACGACGCCUUCGCGGGCAACGGCGGCACGUCUCCCAACACAGGCAACUGGAACAUCAUCACCGGCAACCUCAACGUCAACAACGAGCUCGAGACGUACUCGUCCAGCACCAAGAACGUGCAGCUGAGCGGUGGCAACACCCUGCAGCUGGUGCCCUGGAAGGACAGCAGCACCUUUGGCGGCUGGACCUCUGGCCGCCUCGAGUCCAAGUACACCUUCACCCCCCAGGCCGGCAAGGUGACCCGCGCCGAGGCCUCCAUCCGCAUGGGCAGCAACGCCCAGGCCAACAAGCAGGGCAUCUGGCCCGCCUUCUGGAUGCUGGGCGACGUGCUGCGUCACGGCGGCAGCUGGCCCAGCUGCGGCGAGAUCGACAUCCUCGAGCAGGUCAACGGCCAGCCCACGGGCCACGGCACCCUCCACUGCGACGUCUACCCCGGCGGCAUCUGCAACGAGGGCAACGGCAUUGGCGGCCCCGUCAACUUCAACAACCCCAACGACUUCCACACCUGGCGCGUCGAGAUUGACCGCACGUCCAACAACUGGCAGACCGAGACCCUGACUUGGUCCCUCGACGGCACCAACUUCUUCCAGAUCACUGGUUCCCGCAUCGGCAACCAGAACGUCUGGAACAACAUUGCCCACAGCCCCCUGUUCUUCAUCCUCAACGUUGCUGUUGGUGGCAGCUGGCCCGGCAACCCCAACAGCGCUACCCUCGAUGGCUAUGGCGCCAUGAUGGAGGUUGGCUACGUUGCCCAGUACUCUACCUAAAGAGAUUGUUUCUCAGGUAGACAUCUGGUGACGGAUAUGCGAGAACAACGCAGUACAUAUGCUCGAGUCCCCCCCUCGGGUUCAGUGACGGGUUUGGGAGGUUGACCACUCCCGCUCGCCACUAUGCACAUAUAUGCCCUUUUACGAUGUAUAUAUCCUUUUUCUUCCAUGUAUAUAUUGCGCCUUGCGCGCGGAGAU